UAACAUCUUUCCUAUUUUAAAUAUGGAAAGAUAUGACUCUUGGUGUAAGCAAUUCACGAAAGAAGCAGAUGCAAAGUUCAAUCAAAUGAUUGAGAAAAACAUUUCCAACCGUUUGGAAGUCACGAUUAAACUAUAUCUAUCUUUAAUACAUGCAUCUGAUGAUUUUGUGUUUGCUACGUUGAAAUUUUUAGAUCCAAAACAUUCAUUACCUAUUGACAUUAUGGGGUCUCAUAUACCAGUAGUUAAGGAAAGGGCAAAAUUAGAAUUAAGAGAUCCUGAAAUAUAUCGUGACAAA